CAAAGAACCUCUAUCCGUAGAACAGACAUACAGUCGCAUCACUAAAUUACGGACAUCACCUGAACGCGUCACACGUUGGGUUACUAUUACCUGAGGAAAACAAUGAGAAAGCAGAUAUCUGACGGUCAGGUGGAGUCGCGUGGAUUAAUGAUUAACAGGCUAUUGACAGCGGCAUUACCUCUGAACCCGCACCAAACUUUAGUAACGUACUCUGUCGUGUUAGCAACAACCCGUUAAUAACCUCAUUGAAUCCAGAAUAUUGUUACUGUCAUUGCUGCGAAAGUGCGCCUCUAUGUCUAAACUACCAGGAAAUGCCGGCGUGUCGGUGCUCGGAGACAAGUCGCUGGAGUUUUACCGGGAUCCAGUGAGCUUCUGCCGGCAGAGGGUCGAGAAACACCGGAGCAGAGUGUUCCAGUGCCGUAUACUGAACAGACCGACCGUCUUCAUCUGCUCCGUGCAGGGAAUGAGAGAGCUGCUGGGUGAGAAAUCCAACUUGUUUCUCAAGGAUCCAACUGACUUGAUGACCAACAUGUAUGGUGACACCGUUGUCACCACAAAUGGUGAGGAGGCAUGUCUUCUCCGUCUGUCUCUUUCCAGCCUGUUCACAGGUAGUUGUUUGAAGUCAUCAAAUGAUUACAUCACCAGUGUGUGUGAGCGCUGUCUGAAGGACCUCUCUGUCAGUGGGCAGCCACAGUGUGUGUACUCUGACUUUAAGCGUCUGGGGACAGAGUUGGUGUUGGGCCUUUUUCUUAAUGUACGAGCGGAGGAGGAGCCUGAACUCUUCCAGGAAAUCAUGCAGCUCUGCACCCUGCACUGGCAUGGUCUGAUCUCUGCUCCGGUCAACCUGAAGGUUCCUCUGUGGUCCUCGGGUUACUCCACAGCUCUGAACGCCAGAGACAAACUGAUGGACAUCAUCAAAGACAAACUGGAGAAUGACAAACAAGGUUUUGUCGGCUCCCUUGGUUCUUUGCCACUGCCAGAAUCCAGUUCUGCCUCUCAACAUCUCCUGCUGUUCAUCUCAGCUCUGAUCCCUAAGGCUCUGGCCUCGCUGCUCACCUCCUUCACAUUGGCUCUCAGUGGAGACCAACAGACCCGCCACCAAAUAUUAGAAGACCCUGAUUACCUGCGCUUAGUGCUGCUGGAGCUUCAGAGACUUUGGCCUCCUUUUAUUGGUGGACGAAGAAUAGCUGAUAAGGAUGCCACGCUCGCAGGGUUUCAUGUCCCAAAGGAUUACGGGGCGAUCUACAUCAGCCACUCCGUCCACCGAGACCCAGAGGUGUUCCAUCAGCCGGACGACUUCCUGCCGGAGAGAUGGGGCGGAAGGAACGCAGGCCAGGAGCACUUCCUGUGUUCAUUCGGCAACGGGCCAAGAAGCUGCAUUGGAACUAAACUUACAGAUGUCUUCCUUAAGGAAGCGUGCAUGUACCUGUUGAAGCAUUACGACUGGUGUUUAGACCCGCCAUCGCAAGACCUCGAGUACAAAUGGCUGCCUGUGUCUCGCCCGGCCAACACCCCCACCGUUUCCUUUACCCGACUGGAUCAGACUACAUCUGACAGGAGCAACGACACCAGCUAGGGAUGCACAGUAUGUUAAGAGAUACUGAUAAGUGAAAUAAAUAUAACAUACUUUGUGAGCAAAAAAAGGAGCUAGAGUCCUACAUUCCUGUCAGGAACAAGCUGGAACAUUUUUGAACACACACACAGAGGGAAUCCAGCAAACUACAAGGCUUUCCCCUGCUGCGCAUAAUACAGUAAUCGUCCUGGGGAAAGCCGAGGACUGUUCCGGUUCCAAUGUGUUCUUCUGCCAGAUAUUUGCAGCUUGAUGCAUCUGCAACGGAAUACAAAAUAAAUGACCUAUAAUCCUUCUUCCAUUGCUGAAUCUGACACUGCUAGACAGUGAGUUAUUCAUUAUAAUUAAAAGAUAAACAUUAUUAAUUGUUAAUCUACAUUAGAUUAAGCAUUUUAUUGAGAUACACCUUCCCCUUUAACCUUGAGAAGAGAUUGAAAUAACCUUUUUUUUAUGGUAGAAAUCAUAAUUUUCCCCACACUGAAGUAUCAAUACUCAAACCAAAAAAGAUCCAUGGUAGCACACACACACACACACACGUGCACACACACACACACACACACACACACACACACACACACACACACACACACACACACACACACACACACUCGCACUCGCAGACACACACAGAGGUAAGCCCUCAGACUUCAUACCUUACUGCAAACCAUCUCCCCUCCCCCUUCCACCACCUAGCAACCGACACCGCUUAGCAACAGUUCGUCAUACUGACACUGACUUUAGUAUGCAAGUCUCACACACACACACACACACACAUACACACACACACACACACACACACACACACACACACACACACACGCACACACACUGUCUAACCUGGUUAUUUUUGAUACAGUUGACAGUGAUACCCUCACCAUCUGAAUCACAUGUUAAUAUGACAGCAUUUGAAUGUGCACGCCUACAUUUAAAAUAACCUUAGUAACCUGGAGGAUUUGUGUUAGAACAUGAAUCAUGGACUAAACUAGAUGCAGUCUGCUACAGUGAUUUGAAAGAACUAAUGUUUUAAUAUCCUAUUUAUUUAUAUUAGAGUGGUACACAUUCUUUAUAUUAUUUUACUUAUUGUGUAUGAUGGCAAAAUCAUUGAAUUGCUUUUAAUAUUAUUCUUUAUGUUGUCUUAUGAUUUAAUGUACAGUAUGUGCCUGUGUAACAUUAUGUUAGUUAGUAUGGCAUCUCAACUAUUAUUCUACUAAAAACACAUUUAAAGUACAGCUUCUGUUUCUGAAUUCUCUCACAUCUUAUGAAAUAUUCUAUACUUUUCAUGAUAGUGGUUCCCAAUUUUGGAGUUGGGGCUUCCGAAAAUAGAUGCUCAGGGGUCAUUGGAUUAUUCAGGGAAUGAUCACAAUCAACAAAAACGUUUUUGUUUUUAAUUAAUCUUUCAUUUGUUUCCUUUCUAAGUACUUGACACAUUUGCCUCUUCAGCCCUUUAAAAGUCCUUCAGAAUCAAAGAGAGAGGGAAAAAAAAUGCUUACAACUGUCCAUAACCUUGAAGAGGGGUCACAACUAGAUUCAUUUUAAGAGGUUACAAACUUUAUCAUUUUUGACAGUUAACAUAACAUAAACAUAUUUUCACACAAAUCGUAUCCAAACAAAAGAGAAAAUUACUAUUUCUCAAUUAAGCCUUGUAAAAGUAUAGUGAAAU